ACGAGCCAUGCUUUCAUAUUGCCGCGAUAGGACGAUAGGGCAGUACGGCAUAGCGGUGGCAUCGACAUGGAGCAGUUGUAACGAUGCAAAGCAAAGCAAAUUUCGAGCUCGAGUAGCUUCUUUGCUCUCGCUGGCAUCGUCGUGACGUCUUAUCGCUGGGCUGGCUGGCAUCAUUUUCAUCGGCUGGCUCGAUGCGUGCUGCCCUACAGCUGGUUGUUUCUAGCUCUCCCUGCUCACUGUGCUCAAGAGCCGGUUGGACUCGAACUUUCGAUGCAGCAUAUUGACAAUACCCUACAUCAGCUCCAACACCUACUGACUCCACAGGCCUGCGCGUCGUGAAAGACUGUCCUGCGGUCGCAUAGUGUCGCAACUUGCCGCCGACAUGCCUAUGGCAAUAUCACCCGAACGACCAAAGAGUGGCGUGACACGCUUGACAGGCGGACGACUCGUGAAGAAUGGCACUCUGGUGGAAGACGACCUCUGGAUUUCCUCCAUCACUGGCAAGAUCUUGCGAAGCCAGGAAGUCUUUUAUCAGCACCAUGUCGUUCCCGACCACAUCAUCGACCUUCAGGGCAAAAUCGUAUGUGCAGGCUUUAUCGACGUGCAAUUCAACGGUGCCUUCGGCGACGACUUCUCCACGAUACCUACUAAUGAGGCCGGAGAGGAGGAUAUCUCUGCGUACAUCAAGAUGCUCAAAACGUUGAACAAGAGGCUGGUGCAAACGGGGGUGACGAGCUAUUUGCCGACUAUCCCGAGCAACAAACCGGAGCUAUACCACAAAGUCCUGCCUUAUUUGGGUCCCAGUGGAGAGCAUAGAGAUGCAUCCGAGGGCAGUGAGAGCUUGGGAGCACACUGCGAGGGACCCUUCAUAUCACCCACUAAGAAUGGUAUACAUAGCCUGGACGUCCUUCGGGAAGCAAGCGCUGGUCUGUCCAGCAUGGAAAGCUGCUAUGGGAAACAGCACCUUACUCCAGGGCUUCCAAGUCCCAUCAAGAUGAUCACGGCAGCUCCAGAAGUCCCCGGCGUAUCCUCUCUCGUACCCGAUCUGACGUCCCGAGGCAUUAUCUUCUCGAUCGGUCAUACCGAGGCGACAUAUGAGCAAACGAGCGACGCCAUCCGCAACGGCGCCAAGAUGAUCACCCACCUGUUCAACCAGAUGCCUGCUCUACACCACCGCAAUCCGGGGCCUUUUGGCGUAUUGGGCAAAGCAGAAGAUACAGAGCGACCAUACUUUGGCAUCAUCGCUGACGGGAUUCAUCUCCACCCCACGACGGUCAAUAUUGCAUGGAAUGCACAUCCGGAGGGAUUCAUCCUCGUGACCGACGCUAUGAAGACGGUUGGACAACCCGAUGGAGUGUAUGAAUGGACGAACGGGGACCGCUUCGUGAAGAAGGGUUCUGUGCUGACACUUGAGGGGACAGACAAGCUUGCUGGGAGUUGUUGCAAUUUGGUAGAGUGCGUGAGCAAUUUCUGGAACUGGAGCAUGUGUACGGUGCCGGAAGCUAUUGCUAGCGUGACGAGUACACCGGCAAAGAUGCUAGGCUUGGAAGGGGUGAAGGGGUGUCUGGAUGCGGACGCAGAUGCUGAUCUACUCGUAUUGGACGAGGUGUCUGAGGACGGCGUGCGGCGCUUCUCGGUCGAAAUGGUGUGGAAGUUUGGGAAGGUGGUGUACGAUAGAGAGGUGGAGGAGAUGGAGUGAGUAGCUUCAAUCAUCAGGUAUGCUAUAGACAUAGAUUUCCACAAAUUGUG